AUGUCUGCUUUUCAAAGUAUAAAAACCCGUGAACUACGCUACUUAGAACAAAUUCAACAUGAAAAUCUAUUGCUUUAUUUGUGUGUUCUGUUCGUCAUAAUUCACACUGGAGAUUUUAAUGUCCUUGACUCUGAUGUUCAGUUAGCUAAUGGGAGACCAACAUACUCAAGUGAUGAAAAUGUGCUAAACACAAGUAAAAAGAAGUCAAAUGGAAAAUCAGGGGGUCGAAAGAAGACGGCAAAGAAGGAACAGACUGAAGUAUUAAAAAAUCCAGAAACAACAGAACUACCAGUGGUGACUUAUGGGUGGAUGAAUAUCGCUGACGACCAUGGAAAGUACGCUUUCCUUCUGAGGAGGUUAUCCAGCGUUGAGUGGAGUGAACUGAGGAACAUCGUUUCUGAAUAUAUCCGAAUGAAUAAAACUUAUGCUCCAACAAAUGAUCCGAAUGCAAGAGAAAAAGUCGCCAAAGCAGAAAUCUUGGAUAAAAUGAUGAAGGAGUACGAAUUCUUCCUGAGGAAUUCAUCAGUGGUUCGAAAGCAAGAGCAACUCAAGCCUACAUUGACAGCACAAAAAGAAAAUCCAGAAACAACAGAACUACCAGUGGUGACUUAUGGGUGGAUGAAUAUCGCUGACGACCAUGAAAAGUACGCUUUCCUUCUGAGGAGGUUAUCCAGCGUUGAGUGGAGUGAACUGAGGAACAUCGUUUCUGAAUAUAUCCGAAUGAAUAAAACUUAUGCUCCAACAAAUGAUCCGAAUGCAAGAGAAAAAGUCGCCAAAGCAGAAAUCUUGGAUAAAAUGAUGAGGGAGUAUGAAUUCUUCCUGAGGAAUUCAUCAGUGGUUCCAAAACAAGAGCAACUCAAGCCUAAAUUGACAGCUGAGGAAGAAGAGCUUCGACGAGAGUACGCCAUAUUUUUGCAUCAGCAACAAAAACUUCGAAAGCAAGAGCAACUCAAGUCUACAUCGACUGCUGAGGAAGAAGAGCUUCGACGAGGUCAUGUUGAUGACAGAUUUUAUCGAGGAAAAUUGAACGCAGUAAUGUCUCUUGAAAAUCGUGUUGCUGAAGCUACAGGAAGAAAGUCGAAUGCAUUAGGAAGAUUGUUUGGGAAUUCCCGGGUCAUCCAGAAAUCGAAAACUUCUACCGAAAAACGUAAAGAAAAAGUGGUUAGAAAAACUUCGAAUCAUGGAGUUAUUGGCGGAGAACAAUUUAUCAUACUGUGA